AUGAGCGACGUCGAGGAAUUAGAUAUAAACGAUGGCCUCGAUCAUCCGCGACCUAAAGAACCCAAACCUCCAGGCCAAGAGGAUAUUAUUAUACCCGAUCCGCUUAAGUCCGAACCGGUCGGGGAUGAUACUCUUUUCAAGGAUAUGGAUCGAUCUGACUAUCAAUCUAAAGUAUUCGAUCGCGUGACGGUUAAAAAUCUCAACAGGGGCUUCGAAAGGUACGUUCAACAGCAAAGAAGAGAAUGCGAAGUAACUACUAAACUACACAAGGCGAAAGAACAGCAGGCUUUUAGAGAACAGCAAUUGCAAGAAGCUAACGAUUUAGCCAGAGAAUUAGAUGCUAUCAAACGAGAGGAAUUUAAGGAGCAAAAACUAAGGCAACAAUUAAGAGAAAACGCUCCGGAACUGCGUGAUUUAGAAAGAAAACUAAAAGCAGCUUACAUAAAUAAAGUACUUGCCGCUCAAAUUGCUCAAAAAGAAGCCGUAAAACUCAACAGCAAAAUACAAGCGGCGCAUUCCAACGAAGUGAUGACGAAAGCCUGGAUCACGGAACAAGAGCACAAUCAUCACUUAAAGCAGGAAGAAAUACUCAGAAAAGCUCAGUACAAGAAAGACCUCCAAGAUCAGCUGAUAAUGAAGGAGAAAUCGAAGCGAUAUCUCUACGAAGAGUAUCUCAGAGAGAAGAAACUCCUCGAUGAUGUAAUAAAGAGAAUACAUGACGAGGACGAAAGGGCUCGCUUAGACAAAUUCUGUAAUAUGAAAAGAACCCAAAGAGAAAUUGAGGCUUUCAAAGAGGCCCAGGACAUAUGGAAGAAGAAGCGUAAAGAUGAAAUUGACGAAGAGAAUAGGAAAAUUGAAGAAUAUCUAUUGGAAGUUAGUGCUCGAAUAGAUGAAAAAGCUAUAGAAGAUGCUAAGAAAGUAGAAGCUAGGGAAAAAGUACUAGAUAAGAUGGCUUUGGAAGUGGCCCAAAUUGCUGAAGCUAAAAAAGAAAGGGAAGCUAUCGUACAAGAUCUUAUAGCAGAAGAGAAGCGAUUGAAGGAAGAAGACCGGUAUAAAAAGGAGCUGGAAAAGAAGUUUAAACAGAAAAUCGAAACGAAGAUGACACUGCUAGAGCAAAUGCAGGAGGCCGAGGCGAAAAGAAGACAAGAUCAAGAAGAAGAUCGCAGAUUCAAAGAAGAAGUAAUGGCAAGGAUGAUAGAAGAGGAAAAAUUGGAGCAACUUUCGGCUCAAAAGAAGCGAUUAAAGUUGAUUCAAAUGAGAAAGGACGUUGAGAAACUCCUGGCGGAGCGAAGGGCAAAACACGCUGAGGAAUUACAAUUGCAGAUGGGUAUCGAAAAAGCGUUCCAACAGGAAGAAGAACGGAGGAGAAAGAUAAUCGAAGAGGAGAGGAUCAAAAUGUUACAAGAACACGUUCAAAAUCUCAGCGGUUAUUUACCCAAAGGCCUGCUCAAACCGGAAGAUUUGCCGUACUUGAGUACAGAAAUAAUACAAAGUUUCAAAUCUAACACCAAUCCAAAUUACAUACCGCCGGUACACAGAAAACGGUGA